AUGGCAAAACUCACUGAUGAUGCCGACUACGAUGCCAGCGAAAAGUUUGAGAAUGUAUCAAGUCUACUGUCUGAUGCCGGGAAUCAUGACAACUACUAUUGCGUUCUACAUGGUCUCCCUGAAAACAAGACCAAGUUGCGACAACGAGGUCAACCCACUUCUAUCAAUGGGAAUCAAAGCCCACGAGCUCUGCUCGAUGAGACGGCAGCUGAUGUGCUUUAA